AAAAAAAAAAAAGGAAACAACAACAACAACAGACAACCUACCUGUAUAAUUGUUAUCGGUAUAUAUUGUGAGAUCGAAUACUUCUAUUCUAAAUAAAAUAGGCAUUCGUGUGGAAGUUUACCGAAUGGUGGUUCUGGAUAGUUCAAUGGUUAGAGCAUUCGUUUGGAAAUCGGAAAAUUUCGGUUCUAAGUCCUUGAUCCUGUCAGUCCAAUGAUCACAUUAUUUUUUUUUUCUUUUUCAUUAAUACUUGCAACGUACGAACAAUUAUCAAAUGAUUUGAUUAUAUCAUUCUUUAUACAUUGUGUUGAAUAGUUACACGGGAUUUUGAUCAAUUGAAAGAAAAGUAUAUUCAAAUGGAAGAGAUGAAAGAAAAACUAAUCGACGAAUUGGCAAAUACUCGCAUGAAAAUGGAACGUACAGGUAAUCAAAUCAAUUUCAUUCACAAUUGUUACAGUAUUAUAUUAUAAUCUUUAAUGAUCUAUUCACGUUUCAUUUGUAAACAAUUUGAUCACGAGCAUGGUCAAACAUUUGGGAAUAGGGAACCACUAGAAAAUAUUCAAAUACUCGAGUGCAACUCGAAUAGUUCAAAAGUGGUUUUGUCAUUUUCAGGCCUUACUCGAAAUAAUUCGAGUUUGUCAAUUUUCGUUAAAAGUUUAAUCCAACGUUUACGAAUCAUUGCGAUAGUCACGUGUUGACAAUGUUGUUUCUAUCGAAAGUUGUAUUUUCAAAUUUAUCACUAAUAUUUCAUUGUUUUUUUGGUUGACUAUUUUUUUUUUUUUUUUUUUAAAUAAUGUUACUUUUUAAACAAUUUUUCAAUAAAAUAUGUCAAUUCUAAACGCAAAGCUGUCAAAAGAGGUACCAUUUCAAUCGUAAUAGAAAUAAGUGUUAAUAACAUAAAGCAUCGAAAAAAAAAAAGAAAAAUCAAAAUUCAAUCAAAUCGACAGAGAUCGGUAAUAUUGACGUAAUUACUGAAAAUAUGAUCGUAACGUGUUUCACUUUCUUGAUGAAAAAGGUAAUACGAGAGAGGGUAAGUGGGGAGGGGGCUGAUUGUGAGAGAGCGAACGUUUCGGAAGAUAAAUUGAAAUCUUACGAAUGAGAAGGAGGAGGAGUGGGUGAGGCAAGCUAGACAAGGAAGAAAAAUCGAUAAAGAGAAAAAGAAAAAGAAAAAAAAAAAGGAAAAUAAAAGAAUGAGAAAAAGGACGGGGGGGGAAAAAAAAAGUGAAAAAGUGAAAAAGUGAGAAGCUGUUCGAUGAAAUUUCUCUUCUUGAAUACGACGAUGAUCGCGAUCCCUUCAAUAAGCAAAUUCUCUUUUAUUUUUUAUUUUAUUUUUAUUUUUUUUUUUUUUUUACUUCUAUAUCUCAUCACUACUCAGGGGUUUUUCUUAUCGCAGAGGAGUCAUGGGACAUUUUGCAAAGUCAGACCUUGAGCCUGGCUGAGAAUAAAUUGGAACUGGAAAACAGCGUGAGAAGACUAGUCGAAGAGAAGAAGAAGAAGAAAAAGAAGAUGGUCGGUAAUCGCGAUGCGUGUCCCGAGACAGAAAGAGCUCUUAGGAUCCUGCUGACCGAAUUGGAGAGAGAAAAUCAUUCGAUAAAAAUGGAGUAUCGUGUUAAAGUGGAAGAAUUGGAAAGGAAGUUGGAAGAAAUGAAAAAUCGUGAAAUCGUAAAGAUAUACGAUACGGAAAGAAAUGAAGGAGAAUUAUACGAGGAAACGAUAUUAAUGCCAGGAGAUGAUCCUGAAUUAGAUAUGACGCGACAACUUAUCUCAAAUCGUCAAAAAAUCGAACUCCUUCAACGACAAAAUGAACGCCUGUCGAAGACGUUGAAUCGUUUGAAAGAGUAUCGUUUAACGACAAUAACGACUACCACCACCACCACCACAAAUACAACUACGAUGACGAUGAUGAAGAUGAAGACAACCAACGCGAAAAGUCUUUUCAAAUGAUCUCCUAAAGUUUUUUUUUUUUUCAUACGUUCACGGAUUUGCAUCGUUCCCUUUUUAAAAGAUCCUGAUAAAUCGUUCGAGAUAUCAAAGGCACGCGAGAUAAUGUUGCAAUGAGGCGCAAGUAAUUCGUUCCAAAAGCUUUCUUCGAUAACUAUCUUCCCUAUUCUAGUUCCAUUUUUCUUUAUUUUUCCUUAUGUUCAAACGGGUGACAAUAAUUCAUCCUCAAAAAUGCCAGAUGAAAAAUUAAAAAAAAAAAAAACAUGUGUGCAUAUCACACAAGUUAGAAGUGAAACCUUCAAAUA